AUGGCGGUCGCAAACGGAGACAGCGCUGCUUCAGCCGAUCUUGAUGUGAAGCCUCCGGAGAACAUUGUCAUCCCUCCGCCGAAUGUUCGUGUCAACGUCGCCAAAACCGCAGAUUUCGUCUUUCGCAGAGGCGAGUCGCAACUACCCGGCUUGAAGGCGCGAAUUGCCAACGACUCGAAGAGCCAGCUUACCUUCGUGACCGACGACGACCCAUACAACCCGUACUUCCUGUGGUAUCUAGAGCAGUUGAAAGCCGGACAUGGCCCUGCUGCAAAGGGCACCGCCCAGCCUGCAUCUGAGAAACCAAAGGGGCCCCCGGAGCCUGCCAAGUUUCGCUUCUCUGCGCGCAUGCCAAACAUCAGUGCCAAGGAUCUCGAGGUGCUGAAGCUGACAGCACUGUACACAGCGCGCGUCGGCGAGAACUGGCUCAAGGAGCUGCGCAACCGCGAGUCUGGCAACUUCCAGUUCGACUUUCUACGACCAAACCACAGUUUCUUCCCGUUCUUUAGAUCGCUCGUCGAUCAGUACAAGAUACUGCUCGAGGAGGAGCAGACUGUCGAAGCGCGCAUCGCGGAGCUACAGGAGAACAUCAAGAACCGAUUUCAUGUCCUCGAGCGGGCGAAGGGCCGUUCUGAGUACGUCAAGUACAUGUCGGCGCAGAAGGAGAAGGAAGUGAAGAAGGCCGAGGACGAGAAGAGGGAGUAUGCCACUAUCGACUGGCACGAGUUCACCGUUAUCGCAACAGUGCUGUUCGACGAGGCCGAUGAUGCUGCAGAUCUUCCUCCGCCCGCGCUACUCAACGAUCUGCAGUCGCAGUCGCUCGAACAGAAAGCCGCCGUUUCGCUAUCGACAAGACGUCUCGAGGAAGCCAUGCCCGACGAGUCCACAUAUUACAAUGCUACCCAACAAAACAUGGCCCCUCAGCAGGCCUACCCAGUGCCUCCACCCAUGCCCAUGCCCAUGGCCCCCAGCUCCUACCCACAAUACGCGCCGCCCCCCCAGGAUUACGCGUACAUGGCUGCCCAGAGGCAGCGGGAGGAAGAGCAGGCGCGUGCUCAGGCAGAGGUUGAUGCAAGAGCCCGCCAGCAGGCUGCAACAAGAGGAGCGCCUGGUCGCAUUGUCACAGACUAUGUUCCCCGCGCGGCGAAGAAAGCCAAUGUUGCGACGGUCGUGUGCCCUAACUGCAAGCAGAACAUCCCUGCGAACGAGAUCGAUGAACACAUUCGAAUCGAACUGCUUGACCCGCGCUGGAAAGAACAACGAGACAAGGCUGAGCAACGCUACUCGACCACGAUCAAUACGGCAGAUGUUGCCAACAACCUUAAGCGCUUCGCCAGUCAGCGCGACGAUAUUUAUGAUGGUGCUACUGGUCUUCCUAUAUCAGCCGAGGAAGAGGCACGCAGGAAGAGGGCGGCUGUAUCAUAUGAUGGACAGCCAGACCCAGCCAAAGACGCUGCUCGCCUCCAGCAAAUGCAAUCCAUGAACGUACAAGAACAGCUGCGAAGGAUCCAAGAGAAGCACCGUCACUAG